AUGUCAUUCAACUACAUCAAGAAUGCUGGAAAAUUUUUGUGCAUAGGCCGUAAUUAUAUGGCCCACAUCAAGGAGCUCAAUAAUCAGAAGCCAACAGAGCCAUUCUUCUUCUUGAAACCUAGAUCCUCUGCCCUCAUACCAGGACAAGGUCCAAUCCAGAUUCCAGAGAAUGUCAUUGCUCACCAUGAGGUUGAGUUGGCAUGUAUCAUUGGUAAGAAGCUCCAGAACUUGGACCCCGACAAGUUCGGUCCCGACGAGGCACUGGACGCUAUCGAUGGAUACGCAUUAGCCAUCGACAUGACUGCCAGGAACGUCCAGGAUGCAGCUAAGAAAAAGGGUUUGCCAUGGACCAUCGGCAAAGGGUUUGACACUUUCAUGCCAUUGAGUCCUUUUAUCACCAAGGCCCAGAUCGUGGAUCCUUACGCAGUGGAAUUGAACCUAAAGGUUAACGACGAACACAGACAGAGCGAUUUGACUGAUUUGAUGAUCUUCCCUAUCCACAAAUUCAUCAGCAAGAUGUCCAGUAUCAUGACUUUGUACCCCGGUGAUGUUAUCUUGACCGGUACUCCAAAGGGUGUGGGUCCAGUCCGUCCUCUCGACAAGGUCGAGGCAUGGUGCACUCACAAGGGGGAGCUUGUUGAUGGCUCUCACAUGAAGUUUGAUGUCAUCAGAAAGCCAGGUCCUUAUGUAUUCAAAGAGGAGUAA